AUAAGAAGCAGAUCUCGCCUGAGCCGAGUUGUCAUUUUGUCAACAUUAAACCUAAGCGUUCCUCUCCGACAUUGCUGCUUCGACCAGUACCACCAUCAGCAUGAGAUUUGCUUCAAUUGUUGGGGCCCUCACAAGCCUCUUGGCUGUGGCCUCGGCGGCAUCUUUUACCAACCCCCUGAAGCCCAUAAAUGGAUCAGAUCCUCAAAUGACCUAUUCUGACGGGUACUACUAUCUGAUGACCACGACAUGGACCAACUUGCAAAUUACCAGAGCCAAGACUCUUGAAGGUCUGAAGACCGGGGAAACUCGGAUCGUCUGGACUGAUGCAAACCCUGAGCGUUGCUGCAACGUUUGGGCACCCGAGCUUCACGAGAUCGAUAACACAUGGUACAUCUACUACACAGCAGGCAACAGUCAAAACUUGGAUGGCCAACGUUCCUACGUCUUGAAGGGCGGUGCCCAUCCCUGGGACGAUAGCUUCUCCUAUGCCGGUCAGCUCACCCCGGACUGGGGUAUCGACGCAACCAUCCUGCGGGUCGAGGACCGGAACUACUUUGUGUGGUCCUGCUUCUCUCGCGGCCUACAGUCCAUGUGCAUCGCGCCCAUGAACUCUCCCACCUCGAUCGGCCCCGGCAAAGUGCUCUCCGAGCCAACGUUGGACUGGGAGCGCGUGGAUACCCCCGUUAACGAGGGGCCCGCUCCGCUCUACCACGACGGCAGGAUCUUCUUAGCCUACAGCGCCAGUUUCUGCUGGACACCCAGUUACCAGCUUGGCCUCCUGACCUACAACGGGGGCGACCCGACGCUGAUGAGCAGCUGGACCAAGACGGGACCGCUCUUCAGCUCGGCAAAUGGAAACCAUGGGCCGGGACACAACGCAUUCCUUAACAGCCCAGACGGAACCGAGGUCUGGAACAUAUACCAUGCGACCUGGAUCGAGACUGGGAAUUGUGAUGGAAACAGGUAUACCUCGGCGAAGAAGGUCACCUGGAAUCCCGAUGGCUCUCCAAACUUUGGACAGCCCGAUGCCCUAGGCACCACCCUUGCCGGCCCGUCCGGCGAGUGAUAGUUUUUAAUCGGGGAAGUCGGUUGGGAGUAAUUGGGGGUGGUAGAGGCUGGGGUAGAGGAAUGUCAGACCCGAGGGCUUGGAGCAAAAGUGGAAGGUGGUUCAUGAUGGCGCAGGCGUGCGGCUAAGCAUUUCGAGGGAGGCAGCUGAGCAGGUCCAGUGAGCAACGACGCUUCUCCAUCAUAC